UUGCAGGUCGGUGAUCGUGGCCAAGUGAAGAUUCGAUCACGACUUUUGAAGGAUGCUGGAGAGUUAAAGGAUGAAGGCAAGUUAGUCUGCUCUAUCUGUCGUGAGGGCUACAAGUCAGCACCUUCUAAGCUGCUUGCAAUAUACACGUUCACGAAAAUGGUUCACGCUGAUGAAUUCGAGCAUAAAGUCAGAAAAACCAAUGCUUAUUCCACCGUCACGCAUUUCAACAUCGUGCAUUUCGAAUGUCACCAAACUGCCGUUAGGAGCGCGAGGGGCCGAGAUGAAUGGGAGAGUGCCAUGCUUCAAAACGCGAACACUCGUUGCAAUGGUUUAGUUCCUUUGUGGGGUGGCGAGGUCUCUGAAGCAGAGUUCGCUGCGUAUUUGGUGAAACACAACAGUUACAUUCAAGAAUUUACCGGUUUCGGUGAUAUUAACUUUGUCAGUGGAGUGCAUGAUUUUAAACUGCUGCUCCUUCGAUUUGCCGAAGAGCGAUCGUUUUCGGAGGAGACGCAUGGCGGGGGUCGCGAAUCGAACAUUCAUUUGAUUCCGUAUUUGAUCUUGCUUCCUUUGUUCGUGCUGAACUCGACAAGUACGCAUGAUAUGCGCGAUUUCAUGCUGAGAAAUCUACACCACUUCCUGCAACUCAGCCCUGAAGAAUGGAUUGGCAAUUCCUAUGAGUGUGAAGGUGCACUUUAUCAGGCGGCGAUGCACGUACUUCUCUGCAGCGUUUCGGAGUGGGAAGAACACAAGCUCGAGUUUCUGCGCCGUCUGUUUGUUCUGGCGCACUGUAGGAGCAUCGCUCCCGCAGGACUGUGUCAAAAGGUUCCUAACUCAACACCGCUCGACUUUUCAGCUUACAAGGCAUGUCUCAUGUUCUAUGGUCUGAUUGACCGCAUUUAUCGAAUUCUGUUCAAAAACAUACGUCCUGCCCGUGAUGAGCAGUGGUCGGUCGCUUUAAUGAACUUCAUUCGGUGCAAUGCAGAGAUUCUUUACGACUUGACUACUACUCUCCUUAAAUUUUUUGAGGAAGAUUUGCUUCCUAGCGAAAGUUUACCCGAAUGCUUCGAUGUGUUAGUCAUGUCUGCGAUACUUGUUCAUAUACUUGUUUCGCUUCUUCAGAUGUUGUGGAGGAGUUUUUCACGACCAUGCUGUUUGCCCGUGCGUAGAUUAUCCGCUUGGCAUUCACAAAAAGUUCGGGACACUUUUAUUAAUUUUUUUACUUCAAAUGGUUAUAAAUUCAUUCCUUCGGUGCCCGUUGUGCCACUGCAAGACAAAGAUUUGUUAUUUGUGAGCGCUGGCGUGAAUCAAUUUAAGCCGCUUAUAUUGUCAUCCAGGAAGAAUGCUAGCUUCAUUUCAUCAUUGAAAACAGCGGUCAAUUUCCAGAAAUGUGUCCGAAUAAGUGGAAAGCAUAAUGACCUUGAAGCCGUUGGAAGAGAUGGCUUCCACCAUACUUUUUUUGAAAUGUUAGGUAACUGGUCAUUCAACGGCCAGAUCCCGAAAGAAAUCGUUUGCAGGCAGGCGUGGGACUUGCUGACCACCGUUUACAAGCUGCCUCCCUCGCAACUGUUCGUGACAUAUUUUGCCGGUGAUAGUACUUUGAACCUUGAAGCCGAUCAGGAAUGUUGCGAUCUGUGGCGUCAGAUUGGUUUGCCGUGUUCUCACAUCUUGCCACGUGGAAUGAAAGAUAAUUUCUGGGACAUGGGCGAGAAGGGUCCAUGCGGGCCGUGUACGGAAAUAUAUUAUUCGUUUGAUGGAAUUCCGUCACUGGGCCCAACUUUUGAAUUGUGGAACAUAGUAUUUAUGCAGUACAACCGACUAUCCGAAACAGAAUUUGCUCCUCUUCCUGCUUUGCACAUUGACACUGGUAUGGGUCUUGAGAGACUGUGCACCGUACUGCAAAAGGUUCAUUCAAAUUAUGACACAGAUUUAUUUAAGGUACAUGUUUCUAUUUUUAUUAUUUUCAUUUUCUGUUGAAA